AUGCCGGGUCUCACGAAAGUGUUCCUCAGCACCAAGGUCUACGUUGCAUCGCGCCGCGAGGUUGCCGCCAGCGGUUUGUGCAACGUCAUCCAGUCGCGCGUGGCCACGACGCUCGAGGCGCUGGCAAUUACCAACGCCGGCAUUUAUUGCACGCCGGACGACACGCUGUACACCAAGAUCAAGAUGAAGGCCGCUGGGAGGAGCAAGCUCGCGGAGAGCUCCACCCUCUCGAGCCCUGCCGAAAUGUACAACUGGAGCGUCAAGCCGGAUCGGCGUAUCUACCUUAGCUUCCGCAUGGUCGAGAUCCAAGGCACGUCCAUUGCCGGCUACUCAUACAACGAAGGCAUCGAGAACAUCAGCCAGACGUCGCGACCCGUCACGACCGGCUUUUGCGACAUGAGCCGCGGCCUCAAAGGCGACCCGGUCGACGACGAAGAAGACGAGACCGAGCUCGAGCCCGAGGAAGAAAACAAGCUGCGUCUGCGUGCGAUCGAGUCGGAGCAGAUGAAGACGCUCGUGGUCACGCAGCUGCACAAGGAGCAAGCCAUGACCAAGGACGUCGACAACAUCAUGCUGCAGCAGCGCCGCAAGCACAUCAAACAACGUAUCACCAAGCUCCAAGAUCGGCAGCACGGCAGCAGCGCCAGCAGCAACGCCCUGCGAUCCGAAAGUAGCAGCAGUGACUCGGCGCCGCACGACUACCUACAGCAGCGGGCGCACAUGAAUUUGAUGGAGCUGCUCGUUGGCGACAUGGACCGCGCGCGCUUCAACGCAACCGAGCUGCUCGCUCGCCCCGAUGUCGACGCGCGCCGGCUCAACCACAGCGAGCUGCACCUGCACUCGGGCAGCUCGUCCAUGAGCUCCGAGGGCAAGCGCCGGUCCAACUCGGUCAAAGGACGCGGCGUCUCGAGCCACAGCAGCGCCAGCAGCAGCAGCAACAGCAGCAAUGGCAUGCGCUUGCACGACCCAGCCGACUACGCGCCCUUGUCUCUCGACCAGCUCGAGCGCGAACUCGUUCAGACGAAGCACGAGAAGACGUUCCGUGCGCUACUACAAAAGCGCGCCGACCUCAAAGGAAAGAUCGCGCGCCUCGAGCAGCAGCUGGUGCCCGAGAUGCCAACGGCGCCCGCGCCACUGCACCCGAAUGCGUCGCCAGCCGAGAUUACCAUGUACAUCUCGGGGCGCAAGCGCGAGCUGCGCGACGUGGUGCAAAAGCUCAUGAAGACGACUCAAGACAAGGACAGCGUGAGCAGCAGCCUCUACAUGGCCCGGCGAAAAAAGCUUAAGCAGGCUAUCCUCACGGCGCAGGAAGCUCUGCAACGAGCGUCGGCCGUCACGACGGCAUCCACCGACGCGCCGACGUCACGCGCGCCGAGCGAAGCGACCAUGGACGCGCCUGCUGUCGAAAAGCGCAUUGCGGCUCUCAAGCGGGAGCUGCGCGAGAUUGUGUCGGCCGUCGCCCAGCCCACGUCGUCGACGGCCCAGAUGCCCGAGCUCCUCCGCCGGCGCAGCAUCGUCAAGGAGCACCUCGCCGCCGCUCAGGACCAUUUGGCACAGAUCACGUCGCCCGACGUCGAAAAGGCGAGGCACGAGAUCGCUGUCGUGCAGCACGCCGGCCGAUUUGGCCAAGUCGUCGACUUGGCGAAGACCUCGGCGCGGAACGUCUUUGUCAACUACGCGCGCGGCAACACCUUUGACCUGCAUGUCGUGAACCCCGGCUUGCUCGCCAACAUGGAAGAAGUUUCGCGCUUUAUUGCGCCGUCACCCGCCGAAGCGCACAAGUGGGUUCGCGCCAUUAACGACAGGAUCAAGGUCCUCGAGACCGCAACGCCGAUGGGUGCCGACGGCUUUGGCCGCAACUCGGUUGUCUUUUAA